GAAGAAGAAGAAGAGACUCCUCCCUUGUCUUCCUUUAUCUUUGUUGUGAGGAUGUUUGUCUGCUAGCAAAGCAUUUCGGGUAUUUAGAAAUACAAUAAUGUGAUUUACUAUUUUAGAACAGGUAACAGUUAUAACGUUAUUAUUCUGUUUUUCCAGUUAACUUAGCGUGGUCCAUCGCUUAUUGCCAACUCACUCAGAUCGACUUAAGUUAGGGAGAGUGAAUGCAAUGUCAAGCUAACCAGCCUGGUAGCUAACUAACGUCCAAUUCUUGCGAGCCAGCUAACGUUAGCUUACAAUUUGCUAGGAAGAAUAUAUUUGAUCUGAAAUCAUGAGUGAAGAGGAGAGUUCCACAUCAGCGGGUAACGACAAUAAGGACUCAAGCAUUCUCCUCACCAAGGACGGACAGACGUACUACGUUGACAAGAGCGGUGUGGUCGACAGCCGAAAUGUAGUCACGCCGCAAGAGUCGGACAAUAACAUGUUCUCCUACGACAUGUAUGAUGCCGACGAGGAGAGCGAUGUUUUGGACACCUCGGACCCGCGGGAUAGCGCUGCGAGUCCCGAGGAACUCAACGACGAAGAAGGGUACGGGGACAGCGAUAACAUUUCAAAGACUUGUACAUACGACGGUUGCACGGAAACUACGACCCAGGUAGCCAAGCAGCGGAAGCCGUGGAUGUGUAAAAAACACCGCAACAAGAUGUACAAAGACAAAUACAAGAGGAAGAAGAGCGACCAGGCUAUGUCCACUGGGAAACAAGAUGAGAGCUUGGAGGAGAGGCCUGUAUCUGUGAACAAGCAGCGUCUUGGUACCGUGGGGGACCGGCCAGCCAGACCCUCCCUCAUCGAACAGGUGCUUAACCAGAAGAGACUGUCUCUGCUGAGGAGUCCUGAGGUGAUCAUGUUUCUACAGCAGCAGCAGCGUCUCCUAGCCACCCAGAGCCUCAGCCAAUCACAGCCUCACUUCCAGGGCUGCUAACGGCAACAGGGGAGGGGCCAGCUUCUCUGGGUGUUCUGGAACUAUUCCCGUGAUUCCAUCUAUGAUUCUGACAGGAGAAGAGACCACAGAGAUCCUGUCCAAUUCCUAAUUCGUUAACAUUACAAUUAGGAAAUAGAAUACUAGGAAAUAGAAUACUAGGAAAUAGAAUACUAGGAAAUAGAAUACUAGGAAAUAGAAUACUAGGAAAUAGAAUACUAGAUAAUAGAAUACUAGGAAAUAGAAUACUAGAUAAUAGAAUACUAGGAAAUAGAAUACUAGGAAAUAGAAUACUAGGAAAUAGAAUACUAGAUAAUAGAAUACUAGGAAAUAGAAUACUAGGAAAUAGAAUACUAGAUAAUAGAAUACUAGGAAAUAGAAUACUAGGAAAUAGAAUACUAGGAAAUAGAAUACUAGGAAAUAGAAUACUAGAUAAUAGAAUACUAGGAAAUAGAAUACUAGGAAAUAGAAUACUAGGAAAUAGAAUACUAGGAAAUAGAAUACUAGAUAAUAGAAUACUAGGAAAUAGAAUACUAGAUAAUAGAAUACUAGGAAAUAGAAUACUAGGAAAUAGAAUACUAGGAAAUAGAAUACUAGGAAAUAGAAUACUAGGAAAUAGAAUACUAGAUAAUAGAAUACUAGGAAAUAGAAUACUAGAUAAUAGAAUACUAGGAAAUAGAAUACUAGAUAAUAGAAUACUAGGAAAUAGAAUACUAGGAAAUAGAAUACUAGGAAAUAGAAUACUAGGAAAUAGAAUACUAGGAAAUAGAAUACUAGGAAAUAGAAUACUAGGAAAUAGAAUACUAGGAAAUAGAAUACUAGGAAAUAGAAUACUAGAUUGGCAAUGAACCUUCUAUUGAUGAGAUAUAGAUCAGCCAUGUUGGUCAGGGAGUUGGUCAACUUAUGGGUUUGCCAGUGUUGUGAUGAUAAGAUAUUGUAUAAAACAAUGACUUUGAAUAAUUUAUCUGCAUUGUAUGUUUGUUAGCCAGCCAGUUUUAGAGGAAUGAUUCAAUAAAUGUUUUUAAUUAACUACCAAAAUGCCAACAUUAUAUGCAAACAAUGCAGUCAAUCUACAGCCAGACACUGGCUGAAAUCAGUUGAUGAUUGGAUUUAAGACAAGUUGUAAAUGUAACAGGUGCUGAAAUUCACUCACAGCUUUCCAAUAUUAUUUUUUGUGACAUAUUAUGGUCUGGUUAAAUAUAUUUUAGAGGUUGUUUAUACAGAACGUGUAUAAAAAAAUCAGUAUAAACUGUAUUUAUAACUAGUUGACAAUAGUUUGUUGAUAAUAAUUAAAUUAGACAGCUUGUGAUGUAUCACGUUUUAUUUUCCUACAUAAGUAAAACCAGGGAAUGCAUCACCUAUGCCUCUACUGCCAUUCAUUCCAAUUACACUGGUUUUGGAUUUCUCCCUGACCAAGAUGGCUGCCAUUUCGUUCUAUUCUGGAACUUUGAGAGAUUAUGACAUAGCUCCUCUUGUAAUUGAAUAGGAUCUCUGUGGUCCUUGCUACCUAGGACCUGUACUCUUAUCAUCAAUGACCGAGCUUCCAUGAUCAAUCAAUAAAUAAUUUACACCAUACAUGAACCUGUUGGUGCCAACAA